AUGCCCAGCAUCUUUGCCUACCAGAGCUCCGAGGUGGACUGGUGUGAGAGCAACUUCCAGCACUCGCAGUUUGUGGCCGAGUUCUACAACACGUUCAGCAAUGUCAUCUUCUUCAUCUUGGGGCCUCUCAUCAUGUACCUGAUGCAUCCCUACACCCAGAAACGCUCGGGCCACAUCUACCAUGUCUGGGUCCUCUUCAUGGUCAUAGGUCUGUUCUCCAUGUACUUCCACAUGACCCUCAGCUUCCUGGGCCAGCUGCUGGACGAGAUUUCUAUCCUGUGGUUUCUGGCCUGUUGCUACAGCAUCUGGCUGCCUCGCUGCUACUUCCCCACCUUCCUAGGGAAGAACAGAGCCCGGUUCGCCCGCCUAGUUUUUGUCAUCACCGUGGUCAGCACCUUCCUGUCGUUCCUGCGGCCCACCGUCAACGCCUACAUCCUCAACUGCGUCGGGCUGCACAUCUUCUACCUGGCAGUGCAGGAGUACAAGAAGACCAACAACAAGGACAUCCGGCAUUUGGUUGAGGUCUCCACGGUGCUGUGGGCUUUUGCCCUGACCAGCUGGCUCAGUGACCGCUUUCUGUGCAGUUUCUGGCAGCGGAUUCAUUUCUUCUACCUGCAUAGCAUCUGGCACGUGUUUAUCAGCAUCACCUUCCCUUACGGCAUAACCGCCAUGGUCUUGGUGGAAGGCAGCUAUGAGAUGCCAGGCCAAAUCCUCAAAGUCCGCUACUGGCCGCGGGACACUUGGCCCGUGGGGCUGCCCUACGUGGAAAUCCAAGAUGACAACAAAAACUGCUGA